AAUUUUCUUUUCUUCAAAUUUUACAAAUUUAAAAUUUGUAUUAAAAUUUAGGCAAAUUAUAUAUUUUUUUACAAUUGUUUUGUUCAAUUUCUUCCUUAAUUAUCAUUAAACGAUUAUAUUAAAAACAAUGGCAAAAACACCAGCAAUCGGUAUUGAUCUUGGUACAACAUAUUCAUGUGUUGGCGUAUUCCAGCAUGGUAAAGUUGAAAUUAUCGCUAAUGAACAAGGUAAUCGAACAACACCAUCAUAUGUUGGUUUUACUGAUACUGAACGUUUGAUUGGUGAUGCGGCUAAAAGUCAAGUGGCUAUGAAUCCAAGUAAUACGGUUUUUGAUGCUAAACGUUUGAUUGGUAGACGAUUUGAUGAUACAACCGUACAAGCUGAUAUGAAACAUUGGCCAUUUACUGUUGUUAAUGAUGGUGGAAAACCUAAAAUUCAAGUUGAAUAUAAAGGUGAAACAAAAAAAUUCUUUCCUGAAGAAAUUUCAUCAAUGGUUUUGACUAAAAUGAAGGAAAUUGCUGAAGCUUAUUUGGGCAAAACAAUUACCAGUGCUGUAAUCACCGUUCCAGCUUAUUUCAAUGAUUCUCAACGACAAGCAACUAAAGAUGCUGGUACAAUUGCUGGUCUAAAUGUAUUGCGUAUUAUCAAUGAACCAACUGCUGCUGCUAUUGCUUAUGGUUUGGACAAGAAAGCCAAAGGUGAACAAAAUGUUUUAAUUUUCGAUCUUGGUGGCGGUACAUUCGAUGUAUCCAUAUUGACCAUUGAAGAUGGUAUUUUUGAAGUAAAAUCAACAGCCGGUGAUACUCACUUGGGUGGUGAAGAUUUUGAUAAUCGUAUGGUCAAUCAUUUUGUUCAGGAAUUUAAACGAAAACAUAAAAAAGAUUUAACCAGUAAUAAACGUGCACUUCGUCGUCUUCGUACAGCUUGCGAACGAGCUAAACGUACAUUAUCUUCAUCAACACAGGCAUCGAUCGAAAUCGAUUCAUUGUUUGAAGGUAUUGAUUUCUAUUCAACAAUUACUCGUGCUCGUUUUGAAGAAUUGUGUGCUGAUUUAUUCCGUUCAACAUUGGAUCCAGUUGAAAAAUCACUUCGUGAUGCUAAAUUGGAUAAAUCACAAAUCAAUGAAAUCGUAUUGGUCGGUGGUUCAACUCGUAUCCCAAAAAUUCAAAAAUUAUUACAAGAUUUUUUCAAUGGUAAAGAAUUGAAUAAAUCGAUUAAUCCGGAUGAAGCUGUUGCUUAUGGUGCCGCUGUACAGGCAGCUAUCCUUAAUGGUGAUCAAUCGGAAAAUGUACAAGAUCUUUUACUACUUGAUGUAGCUCCAUUAUCAUUGGGUAUUGAAACUGCUGGUGGUGUAAUGACACCAUUGAUCAAACGUAACACUACCAUUCCAACCAAACAAACACAAACAUUUUCAACAUAUUCCGAUAAUCAACCUGGUGUACUUAUACAGGUCUAUGAAGGUGAACGUGCUAUGACCAAAGAUAAUAAUUUAUUGGGUAAAUUUGAAUUGAGUGGUAUACCACCAGCACCGAGAGGUGUUCCACAAAUCGAAGUUACAUUCGAUAUUGAUGCUAAUGGUAUAUUGAAUGUAUCGGCUGUUGAUAAAAGUACUGGCAAACAGAAUAAAAUUACCAUUACAAAUGAUAAAGGUCGAUUAUCAAAAGAUGAUAUUGAACGUAUGGUUAAAGAAGCUGAAUCAUAUAAAGAUGAAGAUGAUAAACAACGUGAACGUAUUUCGGCUAAAAAUUCAUUAGAAGCAUAUGCAUUCCAGAUGCGAUCAACGCUCAGUGACGAUGCAAUCAAAUCAAAAAUAUCGGAAGAAGAUCGUAAAAAGAUUGAUGAUAAAGUUGAUGAAGUGCUCAAAUGGUUAGAUGCUAAUGCUUUGGCUGAAAAAGAUGAAUUCGAACAUCAACGUAAAGAAUUAGAAGGUAUUUGUAAUCCGAUCAUUACAAAAUUGUAUCAACAAGCCGGUGGUGCUGCUGGUGGCAUGCCUGGUGGUAUGCCUGGCGGUUUUCCUGGUGGUAUGCCAGGUGGUUUUGAUCCAUCUUCGGGUGCAGCAGGUUCAACCGGUAGUGGUGAUGGUGGUAAAUCUGGUCCUACUAUCGAAGAAGUUGAUUAAAUUCAAAAAAUUGUGUCUCAUCUUUGUGUUUGUAGUUUUUAUUAUCAUUUAAUCACUCUCAUGUGGAUUUGUGUCCAAAAUAAUAAACACACACACAUCUAUUAUCCAUUUUAGCCAUCUUG